AUGUCGAAAGGUCUUACCUCACAGCAGGUUGAACAUAUUAAAGCAGGAGUUCCUCUUAUGGAGCAGGCUGGAGAUGCUUUCUUAAGCGAAUUCUAUGCCAAGAUGAUUAGUGAGAACCCAGCUCUGUUGAAUGUUUUCAACAAGACUCACCAGCGUACUUUGGACCAGCCUAGAGCAUUGACUCGUGCUGUAGUUGCAUAUGCCAAGAACAUUGACAAUUUGGGUGUUCUUUCUCCUGUUGUUGAAAGAAUUGUUCAAAAGCACUGUUCUUUGAAUGUAAAAGCUGAACAUUAUCCAAUUGUUGGCAAGUAUCUUUUGGAUGCCAUUUCUGUGAAAUUUGGACCUGAUGUAGCUACUCCUGCCUUUUUAGAUGCGUGGGCUGCUGCGUAUGGUCAGUUAGCUGAACUAUUGAUUGGUGCUGAAAAAGGCGUCUACGAAGCUAAUAGGGAUAAAGUUGGUGGAUGGGAAGGAUAUCGUCAAUUCAAGGUAUCCGAGAAGGUCGAUGAAACAGAAAACGUUUCAUCAUUCAAACUGGUUCCAGUAGAUGGGAAGAAAACCAUUGUUCCUUUGCCUGGUCAAUAUUUGGGAUUCAGUUUCAAUAUACCAGCCCUAGAUGAGCACACGUUCUGCCGACAAUAUUCGAUUUCCGAUUAUGUUGAGCCGUUGGCUGAUGGCGCUGAAGGUUAUCGUAUUAGUGUUAAGAAGAUCCCUGGUGGCGCUAUCUCUAACAACUGGCAUGAACACAUUAAGGUUGGUGAUACCGUUGAUGUAAGCCCUCCGUGUGGUGAAUUUGUCUUGAAAAACCACUCGAAGCCAGUAUUGCUGGUGACUGCUGGUAUUGGUGUCACGCCAGCUAUUUCUCUAUCUAAACAUGCAUUGGCCUCUGGUCAGAAAGUGGGUCUCAUACAAUGUGACCACAAACAAGAUACUGUGCCAUUUAACGAAUAUUUCAGCUCCGUUGCUAAAGAGAACCCUGACAACUUUCAAUAUAAGCGAUAUCUGUCUGGUGAGGGAAAGAGACUAGACAAAAAUGAGUUCUUGAACAUUCUUGAAACCCCCAACUUGAAGAAUGCCGAUAUUUACGUUAUUGGACCAAAAGAUUUCAUGAGGGAUGUCCGUGGAUGGAUCCACUCCUCUCAGAAGGAUGGUGAUCACGCUGUUUACUAUGAUUUCUUUGGACCCGCUCAAUGGGACGAGUAG